AUGUUUUCCAUUCCAUAUGGCCGGAGGAGAAGAUGGUUGAGGGCCAAUCUUAUCGCACUGCUCGUAUUUGGUUCGGUUUUCUAUGUGUUCUUUAUUAGGGAUAACGAUAAUGGGUUUGAUCUGAGCUCUGUAAAGUCUCUUACUGGCACUUCAGGACAUGGCUGGGUCCAGAAUGAUGAUAAAAUAGCAGGUUCUUCUGAUAUCGACCAGUCGUCGGAUCUGGAUCAGCACUUACCACCUAUUGAUUAUAAGAUUGAGGAGAACCCACCACCUGCACCUCAUCUUGGUGGUAAUAAGGGCAAGAAGCUACCAUUUGAUCCUAACAUUGGUACUGCCAAUGCUGUUGGUGCUAGCUCGCAUAUGGGAAAUAAAGACAAAGAGAGAGUUAAAGCUGGAAGUAUUAAAGAGGAUAUUGGUUCGGGUUCUAGUGUUGGUGCUGGAGCUGGAGCUGAUGCUGAUGCUGGAGCUGAUGCUGAUUCCGCAGGUGCUGACAGAGCUGGUCAGAUUGACAGUGAGACUUUUGAUGUCACUGGAGGUGAUCGAGUUGGUAUUGACACUGAUGACUUGAAGAGUGGCUCUAGACCUGGAAGCAAACAUGGGAAUAAUGGUGCUGGUAUUGAUGGCAGUAGUGAUAAGGGUCCCAUUGAUAGCGAAACUUCUUAUGGCAGUGGCAUAAGCAAGAAUAAAGGGAGCAACAAGCCUGGUAGCAGUGAUUUGGACACAGACACUGGCAUUAGUGCUGGCAAAGAUGAAGACGACGAUAGUUUGUUAGAAGUCAGCACUUCAGGCGGUGGGUAUUCCCGUUUAAAUAAGGGACCCAACGGCGCUCAAGUCCUGCUUGAAGCACCUAAAAUACUCCCUAGAAAGGAAAAGUAUCCAGUUCCUGCUCAUCAAAAGAUAUCACUCAAGUCAGCGCCUGAACCGAAAAAAUCACUUCCAAAGAUUCAGUCAGAAAAGUUGCUGACUGGUGCAGCAUCAUCUGACGCAACUACAACUGAAAGACGUUUGACGGUGAAGAAGGCUUUUCAAAUAUCUUGGAACCAAUACAAAAAGUAUGCUUGGGGUCAUGACGAAAUCAAGCCCGUCACUAAUACUGCAUCCAACCCAUUCCUUGGCUGGGCUGCUACACUUGUAGAUGCCUUAGACACUCUCCAAAUAAUGGGGCUCAAAGAUGAAUAUCAAGAAGCCUUGGAAAUGGUUGCUGAAAUAGACUUUACUAGAACGUUCCGUAAAGACAUUCCACUAUUUGAGACUGUUAUUAGAUAUUUGGGUGGCCUUGUGGCUUCGUAUGACUUGUCUCAGGGCAAAGACAAAAUCUUGCUUAUGAAAGCUGUUGAGCUGGCCGAUAAUCUGAUUGGCGCUUUUGAUACACCCAAUCGUAUGCCCAUUACAUACUUCAAUUGGAUGGACAGCCAGUAUAGCACUAGGUAUCGAGCUGGUUCUGAUACCAUUUUUGCUGAAAUUGGCUCGUUGAGUCUGGAAUUCACUAGAUUAGCCCAGCUUACUGGAAAUGAUAGUUAUUAUGAUGCAGUAGCACGAAUCACUGAUGAGAUUUACAAAUAUGCGCCAACAUCUAAGAUCCCCUGGUUGUUCCCAGAGUCGGUUGAUAUCUCUGGCUGCGAAAAUGAGAUUUACAAACCAGGUUCAGAUGUGGGGAAACUUCUUGAGGACAAGAGCUCAAAGCUCGACGAUGAAUCUAUCACACCCACAACUGCCAGUGGCACCCGUAUCUACAAGAGAGCAGCCAUAGACGGAGUAGAGCAACCUUUGCUGAAGGACGAUAGUGAUGUAUAUCAACAAGACCAAAAACCACAUUUGAUUGCCCUUCAAAACUCUGGGUCACGGAACAAGCCAACAAAGAUGGUUUGUACACCUACAGUCGGAAUGAAGGAUGGAUCUCGUACAAGGCCCGUUCGAUUCACCAUGGGAGGCUUGACUGACAGUUCGUAUGAAUACUUUAUGAAAGAGUAUCAACUCAUCAACGGCGUGGAGCCCAAGUAUGUCGAACUAUACACCGAAAUGGUGAGCGCCGCUAAGAAGAAUCUCAUUUUCAAGCCUUAUGUAGACAACAAUGAGGAUAUCUUGUUUUUGGGAGCUAAAAGCAUGUUCAGAGGUAAACUAGACGAUGAAAAUGAAAUGACUCAUUUGGCGUGUUUUGCCGGCGGCAUGUUCGCAUUAGGGGGAAAGCUUCUCAACAGACCAGAAGACGUGGAGCUCGGAAGGCAGAUCACUCAGGGAUGUGUAUGGGCUUAUAACUCGACCCGAAAUGGAGUCAUGCCAGAGAGUUUCACUGUUCGCCGGUGUCCUGAAGAAGGACCAUGUCCCAAGUUUGACUUUGACGAGCUUCGUCAAAACCGACCUCACGACAGCAAAGCGAUUCAGGCACCGAGUACAGCAGUGAUUCCUGAUGACCGAGGCGGGGAAAGAUGGCCUGUGAUGAGCUACUAUGACCAGCCGAGAUCUUUCCUUCGUAUGGAUGCCAAGUAUAUCAUGCGACCGGAAGCUCUUGAAUCGGUCUUCUAUCUAUAUCGCAUCACAGGAGACCGCACUUGGCAAGACAAAGGUUGGGAAAUGUUCCAGAACAUCCUUAAACUCACGCAAAUCACCGAUGAAGAAGGAACCAUUGUAGGGUAUUCUGGAGUACGCGACGUGAGCAACGACGACCCGCAUUUCCACGAUUUCAAUCUCAUGGACAACUGCGAGAGUUUCUGGAUGGCAGAAACACUCAAAUACGCAUACCUGCUCUUCGAAGACCCCAGCGUGGUCUCGCUCGACGACUACGUUUUCAACACCGAAGCACAUCCAUUUAAACUGACUAAAUAG